AUGAAGGACAAUCCUGCCGAGUAAAUUUGCGAUUUCUUCCAGCUCACGAUAAUCAUUUCAUUAUUUCAGACAGAUGGACGUGGACAUGGGCGAAGAGGCGGAUGACGAGGAGGAGAAGGAAGAAAAGGAUAAGCCACAAGUGCCGGGUUUCGUCAGAGGUUAGCUUGUUUUGGGUACAGUGUUCAGAAAUGUACUCCUACGAAAUUGACAGAUUAAUAAGAUUGUAUUUGUCCCUCAUUCGGUUAGAACUCAUCUUGUAGUAUACGUACAAAUAGGAGAAAACAAUUUCAAUAGAUCUUUGUUCAAUUUACAAAACCUAAAAAAUAGUUUUCGGUGCAGUUAUACAUAGACAUCAACGUUUUCAGAGUACCUCCUGCGUCAGAACAAGCUGCAACACACACUCGCGGAGCAUGAGGUGAGUAACAGAAACUUCGAGGCUAUGUGAAUACAAAAAAAGAAUUGUAACAAGAGAUCUGACAAAUCAACAAACUGUAAGAUGUACAGAACACUUUACAUUUAAUGUUUUUUUCAGAUUGGAGUCGCGGCCAGAGGUGAUCUCAUCAGCAAUAACAUGAAGAGACUGCACGAUCCAUUGGACGACCCUUGUCACAUCUCGCUCAAGAAGAAGAAGAAAAAAGUAAGUGAGAUAUUGUACGAUAUUGUAGAACUGAAACCUUUUCAGGUAGUGACUUUCAUGAGAGGAUGA